AUGAAGCCAGAAGUAUCUCACGCCUCCAACAUGGAACCCCGUCGCCCAUCCGCCAGCGAUGCCGCCGACGCAGCUCUCGCCUCUCUCGGCUACAAGGGCGAACUCCCCCGAAACCUCAGCAUGAUGAGCAUCCUUGGCCUGUCCUUUGCCAUCAUGGCCGUCCCCUUCGGCCUCUCCACCACGCUCUACAUCACGCUGUACAAUGGCCAGUCCGUCUCCAUCCUCUGGGGCUGGGUCCUCGUGUCCCUGAUAUCAAUCUGCAUCGCCGCCUCGCUCGCCGAAAUCUGCGCCGUCUUCCCUACCGCUGGAGGCGUCUACUACUGGUCUGCCAUGCUGAGCACCCGCAAGUGGGCGCCCAUGGUGAGCUUCGUCGAUGGCUGGCUGACCCUCGUUGGUAACUGGACGGUUACGCUGAGCAUCAAUUUUUCGGGCGCGCAGCUUAUCCUCAGUGCUAUUACUAUUUUCAACCCGGAUUAUGUCGCGAAUCAGUGGCAGACGGUGCUGUGCUUCUGGGCCGUCAUGCUGGUGUGUGCGCUGGUCAACGCCUUUGGGUCGCGGUACUUGGACCUCAUCAACAAGAUUUGCAUCUACUGGACCGCUGCGAGCGUCCUCAUCAUCAUGGUUACCUUGUUGGUUAUGGCGCCGUCUCGUCACUCGGGCGCAUAUGUGUUUGGUCACUAUGAUGCUUCGGCGAGUGGAUGGCCCACGGGGUGGUCAUUCUUUGUUGGUCUUUUGCAGCCCGCCUACACCCUCACCGGCUACGGCAUGGUCGCCGCCAUGUGCGAAGAAGUCCAAAACCCCGAACGAGAAGUCCCCAAGGCCAUUGUGCUCUCCGUCGUCGCCGCCGGCAUCACUGGCGUCAUCUACAUCAUCCCCCUGCUCUUCGUCCUCCCCGACGUGGCCAUGCUGCUCAAGGAAGCCCAGCCCAUCGGCCUACUCUUCAAGACCGUCACUGGAUCCGCAUCUGGCGGAUUCGGCCUGCUGUUCCUGAUUCUCGGUAUCCUCAUGUUCGCAGGCAUUGGCGCCCUGACCGCCGCAUCCCGCUGCACCUAUGCGUUUGCCCGUGACGGCGCCAUCCCCGGAUACCAUCUCUGGAGCCGCGUCAACAAGAAGCUCGGCAUGCCGCUGUGGGCGCUGGCUCUGUCCACCGUCGUUGACUGUAUCCUCGGCUGCAUCUACUUUGGCUCCUCUGCCGCGUUUAACUCCUUCACCGGUGUCGCCACCAUCUGUCUCUCCAUGUCCUACGGCGUGCCUGUUCUCGUGCUCCUCGUCCGCCGCAGAGAACUAGUCAAGAGCUCGCCCUUUUCGCUCGGAAAGUUCGGCACCGUCAUCAAUGUCAUCUGCGUGGUGUGGAUCGUCUUUGCCGUCGUCAUCUUCUGCAUGCCCGUGUCUUUACCUGUCGACCCUAGCACCAUGAAUUACGCCUCCGUGGUGUUUGCUGGGUUCGCAGCCAUCGCAAUCGCAUGGUACUUUGCCUAUGCGCGCCGCAACUUCCACGGUCCCCCCGUCUUGAGCAAGGAGGAGGGAUUUGUGCCGGGCGUGACGGGCGUGCAACAUCAUAGUCCGGAGGCUAAGAUUGGCACAGACUCGGAGUCGCCUGAUGUUGUGUCGGAGAAGAAUACCAAGUAA